AUGGAUCCGCUGUCGGUAAGGGAUGAGUUGGAGAGUUUGCCAACGGAGCGCGAGACGGGGGGGCAACAGCGUCCGCCCGUUCGACCACUUUCAUCUGUGAAUGGAUCUUCGAACAGUAUCCGGCAUGUUGAUCCUCAACACUCAGUGUCCCGAAUGAGGGCAUUCGCCCGCUUCGACUCGGAGACGACGCCUUUCGAGAUGGAAAUGGACAGCAAGAGUAAAGACCACGAUGAUGGCCCAUUUGACAGACCUGCGAGCCCCAAAUGGCCAGAAAUGGAAGCUGGUCCAAGUGAUUAUUGGCGACGCUCACCUUCUAUCUCGGAUUCUCAGAUUGGCCGUCCUCCAGAAGCAGCAUGGCGUCAAGCAAGUACGCAACCCUGGCCGAGUGAUCUAGAAGAUGGCCCCAGUGAUGUCUGGAGGUCUCACGACGUACAGCGUAGUCGGGAACUUGAGGGAAGCAGAGAGGACGUAUAUGGGGAGGAGGAGGAUGUGGACGAGAGGGCAAUUCUUACUGCUCGACAAGAAGAAACACGAGACAUGUAUGGCGAAGGCGCAGUGGACGAAGUGAGCCCUUCAGGCCCUCUCAAUGGUACACAUGGGUAUCAUGAGCGGGGUGCCACUUCCAACGCUCGACAGCAAGAUCUUACGCUGGAAUAUGACGAUUCAGAUUCCAUAGUGCUUCCGCGAAAGGUGGUAUCAGCGGUCACACCUUCCUCAUCCUCACUAUCAAUCGCAGGAGCCCACGAUGGUCCCGCCGAUCGCCCAACGUCCUUGAAGCGCUUGUCAACAUCUUACAUCCACCCUUCCAUAUCCCGCUUAAGAUCACAUCACCGCACAGCGUCCACGUCCACUGAACAGUCUGUACCUGGUAGACCUACAUCCCUCCUCGCUCAAGCUCGUCUUCCAUCCCAUUUCUCCCAAUUGUCAUUGGCGAAAUCCGAUUCUACCACCGCUUCUCCACUUCCUGACCCCGCUGCACCCGGUACCGCCGUUCCCACUGACCCGUCUUCUUCUUCUUCCAAACCUCGCCCGUUCAAUUUCUCCGCGUUUCCAUUUCAUCCCCUUCGCGGUAUCUCUGCUCAUCUGUUCUCACCAGAUGCCAAAAGCAUUGUCGACCCGCCUCCGCACUCGGCACGCAAAGCUACUUCGUUCCUCUCCAAACCACCGGAUCCACCUCGUCAGCCUCUGCCUCUCGGUAGACCAAGCGUCAUGGAUGUGAGGGACAUCAUUGCUGUAGGAACGGAUGGAGGACUCGUGCUCGUCUACACCUUUGACCAGAAACUCCAGCAUGUUCUGCAGAAUGAUGCGUCUGCAUCAUCAGGCCCAGUCACAGCUGUCUGCGUCUCACCGGACGGCACAUACGUUGGUGUGGGGCACGCUACAGGUAACAUCCAUCUUUACGAUUUGUCGCGCCCUUUAAAACCUGCGCGGACGACGCUUGGCCUCACCUUGACCCAAGUUCUCUCGGGCCAAAAGGAAGGCCACCUGCAAGGCAGUCCCAUCCUUCACAUUGGAUUCGUCGGGGCAAGACACACAUCCAUCGUCACUGGAGAUGAGCACGGAAGAGCUUUCUGGUGGAGUCUGGGCAAAGUAAUCGGUGUGGAGAGCAAUGAUGUGGUGAGAAUGCUGGGGAGUUAUCCGGGGAACCCACCAGCAUCAUCUGAGACGAAUGGAUCGGUCGUCACCACAAAAGCCAAAAAGCAAACAACCUUGUUCGCUGUUCGACCGCUACCAUUGGGAUCCGCACCUGACCCUUCAGACGAAUUCAACUUUACCGUCCUGCAGACACCUGCAAAAUUGGUCAUUGUGGGUAUGAAGCCCAAGGCCCGAACGUGGUACAGAAAGAUGCGGACAGACGACGGCGGUACAUAUGGUGGUUUGAGAGGCUGCGCAGAGUGGUGUAUUGGUCAGGGACCCGACAAAGUAUUGGCGUAUUCCUGGGGGUGGACUCUGAGGCUAUUGCGCAUCAAGAUCGUCACGCGAGUAUCCAAGACGAAGACAGUCAAGGCGGAAGCUGAACCCGAGUUCACCGAAGGACUGACCUAUCAAGCCACUGGACCCAUAGUUGCUUUGCAGUGGUACGACGAGCAUCAUCUCGUACUCGUUACUUUUGACUCGAUCAUCCUUCUAGAUGCGCGAACCAUGACGCUGGUCGAAUGGCAACCGAGGAAAACACAUGUUUUGAUGUCCAAUUCGUUUUACGAAUCCCUCAACGAUGGCACCCCUCUGCCGGGAUACUCAAGACCGGUGGCAGCGAGUGUGCGGAUGUUCAGAGGCAAACUCUUCAUACUCACCCGUGAUGCCGUGGAAGUGGCGAGUCUACUCAAAUGGAACGACCGUAUACUCUAUAGAGUACAUCAGGGGGAUUUCCUCGACGCUAUUCAGAUCGCUCUGGCAUACUAUGAAGAUCGGCCGCCGGGGAACACGAUCACAUUGCCGCAUGAUCGCGAGGAACGCAGAGAUCUGAUUGGGUCCCGCAUCAGAGAGCUUUUGAAAUCUUCUCUUGAUUGGGCUUUCUCAGAGGAUCGGAUGAGAGACGAUACGCAUUACAGUGUCGAUGGUCGAGGUGUCGACCUCACAGGCUUGUUCGAGGGGCUCGCAUCGACCUGUAUUGAUACGUCGUUGGCAUUGAAUGACACUGCUUUCCUCUUUGACGAAGAAUACGACUAUUUCGCCAAUGCUGGAAUCCAAAACAUCUUUCUCAAACUCCUCCAGCCCUACAUUUUUCAAGGCAAAGUGAGAACAAUUCCACCUGCUGUGCUCAAGGACCUCAUGUCCAUGCACGCUGAGCAGGAGGGCGAUCUCGACUCGGCAGAAGCAAUCAUAUGGCAUGUCGAACCCACGUCUCUGGACAUCAAUCAAGUCGUGACCUUGUGUGAAGCCCAUGGGCUGUGGGAUGCUCUCAUACACGUCUAUACCCGCACCAUGCGAGACUUUGUGGCACCGUUGGUCAAGCUACUGGGGCUGAUGACAAGCUUGCAACGCGAUCGCAUGUCCAGACCGGCGAUCGUAGGGCAAGAACAUGGAGCGUCACAUGACGAGAUUGGCGCGACGCAUGCGUACAAGCUCUUUGCAUACUUGGAAAUGGUCCUUUGCGGUCAAUCGUAUCCCAGUGGCGAGAUGUUGAAACCCUUGGAGGAGGCGUCAGAAGCUCGAAAGUCGGUGUAUGAUUUCAUCUUUUCCGGACAAUUGGUCCAGUGGCCCUCUGGAAACGAAGGAACCCUCGUACCGGCUUUGGAUCACGGCGUAUCUUACCCUUAUCUCGACUUGAUAUUGCAAUUUGACACAGAGGCUUUCCUGCAUGCCAUGGACAUCGCCUUUGAAGAUCCGUACCUGAAUGACUCCACCGCCGCUGCCACGAGCCGACAAGCCAUCAUCAACAUCAUGCUCGAUGUCAUGAAGCCUGAUCGAUUCGCGAACGAAGAUAUUACGCUCCUAUACAUCUUUGUCGCUCGGAACCUGCCAAAGUAUCCUCAGUUCCUUUUCAUCCCGCCGUCGACGUUGCGCCGGCUCCUGGUCAGUCUGGCAAGCGAGACCGAUCUUAGUAAUUUGGAGGAUCGUCAAUUGGCCACGGAAUACCUGUUAUCUACCUAUACACCGGACCAUAUCGAGGAGAUCUAUGCUUUGUUCGAGCAUGCCGGCUUCUAUCGCAUCCUUCGGUCCAUGUACCGCUCAGAAGGCAAGUGGCGAUUGCUCGUCCUGGCCCAUGUCAAUGAUCCAGAGUUGGACAAAUGCUUGUUCUCCGAUCUCGACCGGCUAUUCGAUGAGCUCAAGUUGGACGUUCAAGGUAUGACAGAGGUUCGAUCUGGUAUCGAGACAGUUUUAUCCCACUUGGUCGAUCUCAACGUGCGUCAGACUGCUUUACUGCUGGACAAGCACUUUCCAAUUUUACACGUCCAAGCAACUGAAACUAUCACUUCGGAUCUCAAGAAGAUGGCAUACCUGCGGUCUCUUCUUGAUCGAGCAACUGAGGGGGAGGAGGAGGAAGAGCAGGAAGGAUUCGACGGGAUGCACCUGGAUGGCCCUUCGACGAAUCUAGACAGCUCGAUGCGGUUGCUUUACGUUUCCCUGCUCACAAGGUACGACUCGUCGGCUGUUAUUGCCUUUCUUGAUCGUCGUGGACCGGCAUUCUUUGAUCUCGGUGCUCUGGCCGAGCAAUGUCGAAAAGCCGACCAUGUCGAGGGACAACUGUGGGCUCUGGACAAGAUGGGUGACUCGCGCGCCGCAUUCACAGUCACCGAGACUGUCCUACAGUCCCGAGCGGUCGACCUCGGUCAAGCUGUCAUAGAUCGUGAGAUGGGCGACGUUCACCUGAUCCUGCAGACACUGAACAGCGUCUCUCACAUGGCUGUUCGACUUUGUCAAGAACAUUCCAACGACGACAACAAGUCGUCUGCUGCUCAAUCUGAAGAUUUAUGGUUCGCAGUCUUACAUGGCGUGAUGGAGGUGGUCCAUUCGGUCGGAGCGGUCAUCUCCCUGUCUUUGGAGGAAGAAAGUGAGAAGAAUCCCGACGGUCAAAUGGUCAUGGAUAAUCUCAGAUCCCUCGUCCAAUAUACAUUACAGAGCCUGGUCGCUUCCUCUUCCACCACGACCUUGUCUUUCCCUCGCAUGUUUAAGCGAUUGGUCGAUGAGAGCUCGACUGGAUCGAGCACACAAAAAGGUAGAGCCUACUCGGAAUUCAGGACAAUCUUGACCGGUAUGCUCGACUCUUAUCGAUCCGAGGGGGAAAUGUUGAGCAUGACGACGAGAAUCGUCGAAGAAGAUUUGUUCUGGAGUGUCAAGGAAGCUACGAAGAAGCGACAGAUGGGCUGGAGACCAGCUUUUGGAUCGUGCUCAACUUGUGGUAAAGGGCUGAUGGGAGCAGCAGACGAGCAAGAGUCACUCCUCGUUCUUGCUUCAGGGGAAAUAAAGCACAAACAGUGCAAAGCGUAG